CUGUUUGGCACAUGGGGCGGCAGUGGGUAGCUGGUGGGUAGUAGGAUAGCUCGGCGCUCGGUCACAGUCUGGUGUGGUCAUAACCGGUCAAGUAGUUGCUGUUUGAUCACAUGUCACUAGGGUUGUGAGGGAAUCACCGGGUUACAUCUAAAAAUAUGGAGUAAUAGAUGGAUGAAGAAUCUGAACUGAUAAGUACGAUGAGUAUGACUUGCGUGAAUGUUUAAGAGGCAGGAUUAACAGGUGUAGCCCUAUUCAUUGAAUGUGUGGUGUUGAGCUGUCGUAGCCGGUUGUCUAUUUUGCUGAACUUCAAACCUUUGCAGGUGAAAUUUUUAUCAACAGUUUGCCAAAAUGGGACGUAAGGCAAAGAUUGCAGCAUGUACUCUAAACCAAUGGGCUUUGGAUUUUAAGGGUAACCUAUCAAGAAUUCUCAGCAGCAUACAAGAAGCUAAAGAGAGUGGAGCUCGUUUCAGAAGUGGCCCAGAACUUGAAAUAUGUGGUUACAGUUGUGAAGAUCAUUUUUAUGAGAGUGAUACUCUUCUUCAUUGCUGGGAAGUUCUUGUUGAAAUAAUUGUCAGCCCCCUCUGUCAAGACAUUCUUGUUGAUGUUGGAAUGCCAGUUAUGCAUAAGAAUGUCACUUAUAAUUGCCGUGUUAUUUUCCUAAAUAGAAAAAUUUUGUUGAUUCGACCCAAAAUGUUGCUGUGUGAAGAUGGAAAUUAUCGUGAAUCUCGAUGGUUUUCUCCUUGGAAGAAGGUUCGACUGGUGGAAGACUACUAUCUUCCACGCAUGAUUCAGGCAUAUACAGGUCAACAGGUUGUACCUUUUGGUGAUGCAGUGCUAUCUUUGAAGGAUACCUGCAUUGGAUUUGAAAUUUGUGAAGAAUUAUGGAAUCCUCAAAGUUCACAUAUACCAAUGAGUCUGGAUGGAGUAGAAAUCAUUGCAAAUGGAUCAGGAUCCUAUUUUGAGUUAAGAAAAGCAUAUGUAACAGUUGAUCUUGUGAAGUCGGCCACAUUUAAGGCAGGAGGUUGUUACAUGUUCAGCAAUCUUAGAGGAUGUGAUGGCCAAAGAGUAUAUUUUAAUGGUUGCUCCUGUAUUGCUGUUAAUGGUCACAUAACGAAUAGAGGAAAACAGUUCUCUCUGGCCGAAGUGGAAGUUGUAGUUGCAACAAUAGAUCUUGAAGAUAUAAGAACUUAUCGAAAUGCCAUUCGCUCACGUAGCCAUUUAGCAGCAGAGAGCCCUUCGUUUCCACGUAUUAAUGUUGACUUCUCAAUCUCUGAAGAUUCUGAUGUUCCAUGUUUUGUACCAAUUGAUUGGCAAUACUUAACUCCUGAAGAAGAAAUUGAAAUGGGACCAGCAUGUUGGCUAUGGGAUUACUUGAGGCGAUCGGGGCAAGGAGGAAUCUUCCUUCCAUUAAGUGGUGGUGUUGAUUCAUCCAGUGUUGCUUGUAUUGUAUUCUCAAUGUGUAAUAUGAUUGUCAAUGCUGUUCAAUCUGGAGAUGAAACUGCUUUAGCAGAUGUUCGUCGAAUUGUUUGUGAUUCUGAUUAUACACCAUCUAAUGCUCGUGAUUUAUGUAACAAAAUAUUUGUAACUUGUUACAUGGGUAGUGAAAAUUCAUCUGCUUUGACAAAAGCUCGAGCCAAUUCUCUUGCUUCUGCCAUAGGAAGUUACCAUUGUUCUAUAUCUAUUGAUAUAGCAGUAACAGCUGUACUUGGGAUUUUUACUACAGCUACUGGACUGAUUCCAAAAUAUAGAUCACAGGGGGGCCAUGCAAGAGAGGAGCUUGCUUUGCAAAAUGUGCAGGCUCGUCUAAGGAUGGUGUUAGCAUACCUAUUUGCUCAGUUAAUGUUAUGGGUGAGACAAAGAUCAGGUGGUCUUCUUGUCCUUGGUUCAUCAAAUGUUGAUGAAGCACUUCGGGGCUAUAUGACCAAGUACGACUGCUCCAGUGCUGAUAUAAAUCCAAUUGGUGGAAUUUCAAAAGCUGAUCUCAGGAGCUUCCUCAAGCAUAUGUCUGAAAAAUAUGAUAUGCCAGUGCUGUUAGAAAUUCUUGCGGCACCUCCUACUGCUGAGUUACUUCCUCUCAGUGAUGGAAGAGUCACCCAAACAGAUGAAGAGGACAUGGGAAUGACAUAUUCUGAACUUUCUGUGUAUGGAAGAUUAAGAAAGCAGAAUUUCUGUGGUCCAUACUCCAUGUUCUGUAAAUUAGUCCAUACUUGGAAAGGAUCAUGCACUCCACAAGAAGUUGCUGAGAAAGUUAAACACUUUUACCAGUACUACUCUAUAAACAGGCAUAAGAUGACAGUCCUGACUCCUUCCUGUCAUGCUGAAACCUAUAGUCCUGAUGAUAACAGAUUUGAUCAUCGACCUUUUUUGUAUCUUCGAACUUGGGAUUGGCAGUUUAAAGCAAUUGAUGAGCAGGUUCAGCGACUCAGUCUUUCAGAUGACAAGAAGACAAAAGUUAAUGAAGAUGCUCAUGAGAAAUGUCCUGCUGCCAAAGCCAAUGCAAGUUGUGUGGACACUGGUAUGGGAAAGAGGAAACGAGCUAUUGAUAUCAACAAAUUACUAACUUCGGAGAAACAUCAUGGAGUUGUUGUACCUAACCAGUUAAACACCUCCCCUGCAUUGUCAUAAAGUCUUGUGGUACUAGUGGAAAUAGUCUUAACAAGAAGAUCAUUGUUACACAUAUAGAAUGUUUCUACAGUCAUUGAAAUCAUUGCUCAUGUAUCAUAUGUGCAUGUGAUGUAUAUGUGGGUAGAGUAACGCACUUUUUCAGACAUGAAAGAGAUAUUUCAUGUUCUGGUACAAUGAAUUGCACAUCAUUUGUAAAUGUAGAAUCAUUCCUGCAAAACAUGAUAUUCAUUGUUACCCAAGUAAUAUGUACAGGUCCAUUUAACUAUUACUUCUCACAGAUUUAGUGAAGUUGUACUUGUGGCACAGGUGAUAGAAAUGAGUUUGAGAUAUGAAAUUCCUCAGCAAGCCUGCUUAUUUAUCGAUACCAUUUUUCUCACACUAAAUGAAAAUAUGCUAGAAGCUGUGAAGAAUGUUUCUGAAAGGAAUGUGAAUAUUCACCAAUAAUUUUGAGUUAUAAUAAUGUUCUUUAAAAAACUAAUGUAUUAUUUAAAAGAAUUUUUAAAAUGUGUUAAGAAUCAAAAUUAUAUGGACCUAUAUACAUAUUUGAAUCAGCUCCCAUAAAUAGUAACCGUAAAUUAACAGUAAAGGUAUUAUGAAACAUUUACAUGUAAUAAAAUAAAAAAUUAAACAUCUGUAUGAAGUAAUUCAUUAUAAUGCUUUGAGAAUAACUAUAUUUACAUUGAAACAUUUUUAUUGAUUGAGUAGUGAGCAUAGUAGAAAUUAUCCUUGAUCAGCAUGUCUCCAAAAAUUGUUUCACUUUCAUGGAAGCUCAGGCUCGGAUAAUUUAAAUUGUUACUUUAAGAAAAUAACUUUACAUAUUGAUAACUAAUUAAAACAACAACUGUAUUGAAGUUUUCUUGGAUUGUGAAAGAAACAUGAACUGAAUUUAACCUAAUGAAGAACAUGUUAAAGUUUUAUUCAUAUCUGGUAUUUUUAAUCGGGUAGUACAUAACUGUGAUUGAAAUAAACUCUUUGUUCUAAUUUCAUGCUACUUACAACUGCCAAAAUUCAGCAUAAAUGCUGAUGUACAUUUAUGGAUUUUUCAAAAAAUGAUUUUCAGUGAAUAAGGUAUAUUUUCAGAAACAGUAGUGAGUGAUAUCUAUUUUACCUAAAAUAUAUUCUGAAGAGUUAUACUACUGUUGUCUCUACUUAAUGUUACAAAUUUGAAAAAGUGAUGUACAUACAGUACUUUAACUCAUUGUCAAUUCUCUAAUAAUGUAUUGGUAUCCCAUUAAUGUUCCAAAAUUCUUGUCUUUCUCAUUAUCAGAGCCCCCAGCUAUUAGUAACUAUUAUAAAAAAUUAAAAGAUCAUUGUAUGUACCUGUUGAAUAAAUAAGAUUUAUCAUGAAUUCUAAGAACUGGAAAGAUUUUAUUGAGCAAUGACAGUUUUCAAAAUACUCUCAUUAAUGAAUUGACUAUUACAUAACCCAUCGUUGAAGACUAAAUUUAUCACUGUUGAGUUUCAGUGACAUAGCAUGACAAAAUCAAACAGGUAGAGAGUAGUAGCAUCAAGGCAGGAAUUUUUCGAAGCAGUGAUCUUCAAAUCUCAGUAUUAUGUCCCAUACAAUUUUUAAUACUUAAACAUACAUUAUUUUUAAAAAGUUCAAGUUGAACUCAAUGUUUCCUGGAACACACAGAGCCAAAUGAUGAAUUGUAGCAUUCUGAAUCAUUCUGGGUUAGAUAGACCCUAGCAUUAUGAUGUACUGUGCCCCCAGAAGGAUGCUCCUUACUUGAGUUUCUGUGAUGUACACACAAUUUCCUUGCGCAGAAUUUUGUCUGGGGAGAUCUGUCUCCCCUUUAGUUCUUCACUUGGGUUUCUACUAGUGUUCGCUGGUAGGGAACUGACUUAUCACGAUUUCUGCUUUCCAUUAUGAACAGUGUCAGAUUUAAUGAAGAAUGUGUUCUGUAGAAAAAUAUAUUUUGAAUACUAUUAAUCUUUAGCUUGUAUUUUUCUUUGACGAGUUGACUGUCAAUCUUGCUUCCCCUCAUGCUAUGUCACUGAUCAUUCCAACUGUGAGUUUGAUACAUGAAGAUUUGGUUAGAAUGUUUGAAUUUGAUUUUAAAAUUUACUGAAAAGGAUAAUAAUGAAUGACUAAUCACAUUUCUUAGGAUUGAAAAUUUAAAAGAGAUUGAACUGUGAUUGCAUAUUAUUUUUUGUAAAAUCAAUGAGAAAGGUAAGGAAAGAAAGUGAAAUAAGUGUGAUAAUAGGUAAUGAUAUCAUUACAGUAAAAGACUGAUUAUUAAAUUGGAACAUAUUAAACAAGAGAGAAUCAUAAGUUAAUUCCUUUUUCUAGUAUUUCCUUAUGUAAAAAAUGUCUGCUGCAAAAUGAACGUAUCUUAGCUAACUGCAAAGCAGGCAGAGCUUCUUUGUGAGUACAUGUGAACUAUGUUGAGCAAGGUAUUACUGCUACAAAAGUGAGUACUAGCCACUCACUUUUUCUUCAUACUUGGAAUUACAGCACAGCUCAGCACAGCACAUAGUUUAGCAUGUAAGAUUCUAAAUGAGACUUGUCUAGACUGGCCAAAAUAAGUAUAAAAAAAUGUGUGACUAGUACUUGUGCUUUGUUGUUGUUUUUGGCCCUAAAUGAUUACAUUGAAUACUUACACUUAUUUUUGAUAAUUGUUCAUGAACCAUUUCAGUUGGGACAGCCAAUAUUGGAAGUGCCUUUGUGUCAGUAGUAUUUUGAAUUAACAGAUUGAAAUCAGCUUCCAAGUAAUAAUGAAAUAUUGAUCACUUCGUUCUUAACCUUUAUUUACUUUAAUCUGUUGCAUCAAAUGCUCAGCAUUAAUGAAAUAAUGUCUUGUUUCAUGUGUUGCUUUUCUAUUCAUUUUACAGCAAAUACUCAAUAACCUAAUACAUUCUGCUCUGAUAUUUUCUUACUUUUUGCCCAAGGAGUUCUGAAAUUCGUUUUUCAUUAAUUUACUUUUUAUUAAUUUUAUUGUUAUAAUUAUUCAAUAAUUCUGUAUGAAACCAUCUUCAUGUCUUCAUCUAGCAUUCCAUUGGCUGCCAUACACAGUAGACAUUUAUUUUGUGUAUGCUCUGCACUGCAUGGCUAAUAUAUAUUUUAAGGAAAUGUAGAUGGAUUUGUGGGCAUUAAUUUUAUGCUACUUAUACAUGGUAUGAAUAAUUUAUAUUAGUUUCUUAAUGUCUUAUUUAAUUUCUCUGUGUUUUAAUUUCUAUGCCAUGCAAAACAUAUUUGAAAAUUUUUAUAAUUAUUUUGUACAAGUCAUUUAUAAUUGAAUUAUACAAAACAUUUAAGAUUAGUUUAUAGAUAGAGGUUUUGAUGCAAAUAGAUAUUAAUUAUGCCAAUUUAAUUGUACCAUAUCUGUAAGGUGACAAAAGUAACUAAAACAAAUUGUACAUUUUGAUUUAUAAAUUAUCAUAACUGUAAAUUUCAGGAAUAUCUGAGCCAAAUUGUUCAAUGUAAGGACAGGUUAUUUGUUACCAUGAUAUUACUUCGUCCCAAAAUGUAAAAAUUACUGGAGCAUUCAUGCAACUAAUUUAUUGCUUCAGGUUUGCAUAAUACCUUUGUACCUAUCGUACCUGUCAGGAUUGCCAAUUGCUAAGAGAGUCUGAAGCAAUCUGCUUGUAGCAAGCAUGCUCCAAUAUUUUUAUCAUUCAGAGAUGAAAUAAUAACACUGCCAAUAUAACCAGUCCCUAUAGUGUACUGAAGAACAUGCUUAGCUGCUCUUGAUAAUUUCUAUAUUAAGAUAAUUUAUAGAGCGAAAUAUACACUUUGUUUCAAUUAGUUCUGCCACAUUCAUUAUUCGCAAAGAACUCACAUUAUCCGCUCGUCAUCAUCGUGCUUGUUUACUUCCCUCUGCUCCCUUCCCCUCUCUCUUCUUUUCUCUCCCUCUUUUUGCCAAAGGGAUGAUUCUGUCUUGAAUAAUAUUAUGCACUAAUUUUUAUUGUUUUAAGACUAAGAAAGAAUGGAUGGAUUUUGUAUGGAAGAUGACUGAGUAAAGCAUAUAAAUAGUCUUAUGCAUGAAAUCACCAGAUUCACGUAAACAGUGUUCAUUAUUAUACUUUAUAUUCUAGAUUCCACUUUUAUUGUAAUUACUGAAACUAUUUCAUUAGUAUGUGUAAAUAUAAAUUUAUUUUUGUAUACAAAGUAGUUUUAUCCUACUUUAUGAGUACUUAAUUGCGAUACUCUUAAUUAUACUUGAUUAAAAUGAACUUGUAUUGAAAUUCAUAUAAAUAUAUUUACUUCUUUAUGCAACAAAUAA